AAAAUUCUUUAUCUGUCAAAAGUGUCAAAAAAGUUAAAAUAAAAUGAAAGAAAUCAAAAUUUUUGUUUUAAUGUUAAGUAGACUGCAAAGUCGGAGAAUUUCCCAGUAAAUUAUGAAAACAUUUGGUACAUUUCUCACAUUUUAGAAACAGCUAUGCAAACAUUUAAGUUUUCUGUUAGAUGUUUCCAUUUUUUUAAAAUUCCAGAAAUGAAAAAGGAAUACAUUGCUAGAAAACUUGUAGGCUUUUCCAAUGAUGAAAUGUAUCUUGUUGUAGCUGAUGUAAGACACUAUAAACAGUUUUUACCAUUCUGCACUAAAUCUAUAAUCUUGGAACGACAACCAAAGGAAAUUAAAGCUAACCUAGAGAUAGGUUUCCCACCUAUUGUUGAAAAUUAUACAUCAACAGUGACUCUGAACAGACCUAAUUUGGUUCGUGCUAUAUGUAAAGAUGGUAGACUAUUUAACUUCUUAGAAACAACUUGGAGAUUUAGCCCUGGACUACAGAGUAACCCAAAGUCUUGCAUAAUAGAUUUUUAUAUCAAAUUUGAAUUUAAAUCGGCCUUCCAUUCACAACUGGCUUCAAUGUUCUUCGACAGAUUGGUACAUCAAAUGGAAAAAGCUUUUAUCAAUGAAGCUAAAAGAAGAUAUGGCAAAGAAUCUUUACCUAGUCAUGAAUUAAGUCCUGUAAAAAGUUGACGUUAGUUGUUCUAGGUAGCGGUUUUUAACAUAUUUAAAUUGUGUUACAUUAAAGAUUUAUUUAUUUAUAGUAAAAUUAUAUAAGCAAAUCAUCAUAUACAAUUCUUAAAAUGAAUGUUUUUAUUAAUCUAUUUAAAUGAAUGAUAAAAAGAUGAUAUAAUAUUAUUUACUAAUCCCUAACGUUUAAUUCAUAUAUUCCGUAGGGUACUUUUUUAAAACAAAUUCAGUAUGUAGUGUAACUAUAUAUAAUAUAUAAUUUUUAAUCUA